AGCCCGUCCGCCAGCCGCGCCUGGAGGCACGCAUCCUGCACCAGGAGCAGGGCCGGUGCAACCUCUCGCUGGUCUGCACCGUGCCCGGCGCCGGCAACGUCUCCUACAGCUGGUCCUGCAGCGGGGAUCCCCCGGGAGCCCUGGAGCACCAGCCCUGGCUGCACCCGCAGGUCCAUGGGGACACCGACCCCACCGUCUGCCGCUGCAACGCGAGCAACCCGGUGAGCUGGAGCACGGCCAGCACCGAUAUCGCGGCAGCCUGUCGUGCUGCGGCCCCAGGGCUUUUCAGCAUCGUUCCAUGGUGGGCAGUGGCCGUGUCCCUGGGGCUGGCACUGGCCAUCUCAGUAGCCCUCGUUGUCACUUGCUACCGGCGGAGGAAGAGAGGAAAGGACCCCCCGGGAGGACACGUCGAGCAGACGCUGACUGACUACAGGGAGGUGGGCAAAGCCCGAACCAGCCGAGACCCCAAUGGGACCAGUGAGGCCACCGUGCAAGGAAACACCAUCUACGCCGUCAUCUGCACCAAACCGCUGGGACCCAGCCACCCUCAGGAGCCUGAAAGCUGCACCAUCUACUCCACGGUUCAGCCCACCAGGAAGGUGAGGUUGCCCCACCGUUCUCGCUUUGCUCCACAGUCUCCCUCUCUCAGGAGAAAGAGGCUGGACCCAGCUUUGGUUUCCACUGCCUACGUAGAGGUAACGGGCACUGGGCGGUGGGGAGAUGAACCCUGGGGAUCUCCAAAGCUCAUCAGCUUUUUGGGGCCACG